UACUAGAUUAGCAGAAUGUGCUGGCGCCUUUACUGCUACUGGAACAUCAGGUGCUGCUAAGUUACUGUUGAUUUGUGUCCCUGUAUAAACAGGUUUGGGAGACAAGGAUUCUGUCAUGUUGUAGGUCCUGAGUGAAACACAGUCAAAAGCUAAUCAGUUUAAGAGGAAAACUCUUCACAGAAGAUGGAGGCUGCCUCUAUAAAACGCGUGGGCCCCGGGCUGCCAUUGGAUUAACCAAGAGAGAAGUACUUGGGAACAAUACAAUGGUCCAUUCUCAUGCAGUAUAAUCCUUGUAGGUAUUGCAAGCAGUUUCAUAUGACUCUGAAGAGAAAAGGCUACUACAAGCACGUAUCUGAAGAAGUGUUUCUGCUACAGGAUAAAAAAAUACAAAUGUCAACUUCCCCACCAACCUCUUGUGAUUGGAUGCUCCUGGUUGAACAGAAGAAUAUAAAUGUCCGAGUUACAACCAUGGAUGCUGAGCUGGAGUUUGCCAUCCUGCCCAGCACAACUGGCAAACAGCUUUUUGACCAGAUAGUGAAGACGAUCGGGUUGAGGGAAACCUGGUUCUUUGGCCUCCAGUAUCAGGACAGCAAAGGCUUCUCCACCUGGCUCAAGCUGAACAAGAGGGUGACAGCUCAAGAUGUGAAGAGGGACAACCCUUUGUUGAUUAAGUUCAGGGCCAAGUUUUACCCUGAGGAUGUCGCUGAUGAACUGAUCCAGGAGGCAACGCAGCGCCUCUUCUUUCUGCAGGUUAAAGAGGGCAUCCUUAAUGAUGACAUAUACUGUCCACCUGAGACUGCGGUGCUCUUGGCCUCGUAUACGGUUCAGGUCAAACAUGGAGACUACAGGAAAGACUAUCACGUACCGGGAUACCUUACAAGAGAGAAGCUGCUGCCACAGAGGGUUUUGGAGCAGCACAAGCUGAAUAAGAAUCAAUGGGAGGAAAGAAUCCAGGUGUGGCAUCGAGAGCACAAGGGAAUGCUGAGAGAAGACGCCAUGGUGGAGUACCUGAAGAUAGCCCAGGAUCUGGAGAUGUACGGCGUCAACUACUUUAGCAUCAAGAACAAGAAAGGGUCAGAGCUGUGGCUGGGAGUGGACGCGCUGGGGCUGAACAUCUAUGACAAAAAGGACAGGAUGACCCCAAAGAUUGGCUUCCCCUGGAGUGAGAUCAGAAAUAUUUCCUUCAAUGACAAGAAGUUCCUCAUCAAACCAAUUGACAAGAAAGCUCCGGACUUUGUUUUCUACGUACCUCGUCUUCGCAUCAACAAACGUAUCCUGGCCCUGUGUAUGGGGAACCAUGACCUGUACAUGCGUAGACGUAAACCUGAUACCAUUGAGGUGCAGCAGAUGAAGGCCCAGGCUAGGGAAGAGAGGAACAAGAGGCAGAUGGAGAGGGCUCUGCUCGAGAGUGAGAAAAAAAAGCGAGAAAAUGCUGAGAAGGAAACAGAGAAGAUUGCUCGUGAGACCAUGGAGCUGAUGGAGAGAUUGAGACAGAUUGAACAGCAGACAAAGAGAGCUCAAGAUGAGCUGGAGGAGCAGACUCGCAGGGCUCUUGAGUUAGAGAAGGAGAGGACAGUUGCUCAGGAGGAGGCUGAGCGCCUGGAGAAGGACCGCAGAGCUGCAGUGGAAGCUAAAGCAGCCCUGCUGUACCAAUCUGAAACCCAGAUCAAGAGCCAGGAAAGCCUGGCCACUGAGCUGGCAGAGCUUACCUCUAAGAUCUCUCAGCUGGAAGACACCAAGAAGAAAAAGGACGAGGAGGCAAAGAGAUGGCAGAAAAGGGCGAUCGUGGUAGAAGCUGAUUUGGAGCGAACCAAAGAGGAGCUGAAGACUAAACUCAUGGGUGUCCACAUCCAGGAGUCAGUCCACCCUCAUAUGCAUGAGCACGACGAGACAGAUGAGAGCAGCGCAGAGGCGAGCGCUGAGCUGACUUCUCCAGGCACGGUCCGAGAUCGCAGUGAGGAGGAAAGAGUAACAGAGGCCCAGAAGAACCAGAGGCUUCAGAAAAACCUCAAGUUCCUGAGCACUGAGCUGGCCAGAGCUGUAGACGAGAGCAAAAAGACCCCCAAUGACCUGAUCCACGCUGAGAAUGUGAAGGUGGGCCGUGACAAAUACAAGACCCUACGUAAGAUUCGUCAGGGCAACACCAAACAACGCAUUGAUGAAUUUGAGUCCAUGUGAGAGACGCUGCCGUUGGCCCGAUCAGACUGAAGGCAAGAUAAGCAUAGAUAAUUAAAAUUGGGCACAUUGAGAAAUUUUAGAAGUGUAGGUGCAGAUUAUUGCCUAGGUAGAAAAUUCACCUGACAUAUUAGGUUGAAUAUGACAGCAAAUGAUAUUGUUACUGUGCUCUGAUGCCUGUGAUGUCCAUGAUUUUAAUGCCAUUUCAUCUGGAAACAAGUCAGUACAGAAAGUCAACUUUCGUAAAAAUAAAUCUUUUAUGUCAUAAGAACAAAAAACACAUUCAUGUUUAAAACAUAUGAAACAAAUAUAUCAUCUAUGCUCUCAUUUAUGAAAAGGUUUGCUUUUGUCAAUCACCUAUGCCAACUAAUGAAAACCGUAUUAAUAUUUAAUAAAAUGAAAGCAAUGACAUUUGAGACACUUGUUAUUAUUCCAUAUAAAUAUUAAAUCCUCUAUUCUUUAACACAGAAAUAAAAUACAGAGAAACACCA